AUGACUCCCAGCACUCCAUCCAAGCCAUUCCGCUUCCGCGAUCUCCCUAGCGAAAUACGCAAUAAGAUCUACCGCAUCAUCUUGUGCGAGUUCGAUCACUCACCCGGCGAAUUCGGUAUUGUGGAUGAUGACUUCAUGGAAGACGUCCUACACUUACCGCGCGUCGAACAUCGUAUCGAGACGUCCAUACUUCGGACAUCGAAAGAAACAUACCGCGAGGCUUACGAUAUCAUGGUGAAGACCAACCGUUUUGUCAAAGUGACAUCGGCGGAGGGUAUGCCCGUUGUAGGUGCUCUUAGUGGACAGCAGACUCCAGUAGUCACUCAGGAAAAGUUUCUCGUCGACCAGUUCAAAGGGUAUGUACUCAGUGUACACUUCGGUCUGAAGAAGCAGAGAGACAACAGGGCGUCGAGAGAUUCGGCUUGGCAUGAACCGCUGACAGCCAUGAUAUUGCAUCGGCAUCUGGACAAACUUUGCCAAGGUAUCAAAGAUGGAGAUGCACACUCACCAGGCUUCAGUGAGUCUCUCAAGAUCUCAAUCAGGAUGGCACCUGUCCUAGAUAAUAUACGAAGCAACAAUAUAAUGCCCUCCUUUGAUGGUUUCUUCUCAGAGAAGAUGCAGAAGACCUUGUUCGCACCCCUCAGGGCCAAUCUCCAUGGGUACAAAGGGGUUGAGGUCAAGGGUCAUGUUGAUAGCGCCGUCGCAACAGCUCUGCGUCAAGAUAUUGCAAAAGAUCCAUACUCUGAUCCUGCAGCGGUCCUAACCCAGUAUAUGACCGCAAAGGAGGAAGGAACUCGUCUAUUCCAAGAGGGUCAAGUUGAACUUGGGUGUUUGCAAUGGCAAGACGCCGCAGUCGAGAUCGACAUGCUGAUCGUCUCAAGUUCUUGGCCUGAUCUGGUUCGUCAAGGAAAACAGGAGUUUGUUUCGCAGCUUGCCCAAGUCUAUUUCAUUAUGCGUCUCAACAUCAUCCACGUCCAGCUUUCCAAUUGGUCGGAGAGUUCCUUCGUCGCUGAGGUACUGGCUAAAGACUCGCUGAACUGUGCCUUCGAGUCGCUUAAGCAAGAUUAUUGGAUGAAGGGAUAUAAGCACGCCGUGGCUGUCGCGCACAAGGCGAAAUUCUUCUUUCGGUAUGCAACCUUUCUGAGGUUACAAGCGGACCCUAGCAACAAAGAACGAGCCCUGGGAUUCAUCAACCUGGCUCUGCGGAAGCAGCCUGGAGAUCCGGGCAUCUUGAGGGAGAAGGACAAGAUCCUUGAAUGGAUGAGGCAAUUGUGA